GCCUUCUUCUCUUCACUGCGAACGACGACGACCAUGUCCGACCUCAGGCAGCGGACGAACGGCAAGGCCAACGGGAAUGGCACGGCAAACGGCAAUGGGCAGCCCAAGGUCGUCGUGACCGAGGAGGGCAAGAAGCUCGACCAGCGGCUCGACAAGCACGAGAGCUAUGAAUUCGGCGGCCCAUGGGGUGUACUGGCAAUCAUGACGGGUUUCCCGAUGCUCAUGUACUACCUCUGGAUAUGCCUCUGGUUCUACGACGGCCGGCUUGUCUACCCAAAAUCGACGGACGACAUUGUCCCCUUCCUCCAGCGCAUGUGGUACCAUGUCAGCGUUGACGCCUUCCCCAACGCCUACGCCUGGAAGGUCUACUCUGGAAACAUCUUCUUCCAGCUUUUCCUCGCCUGGGUCAUGCCCGGCUUCAAGCAAGAAGGUCUCCCCGUCCCCUCCCUCGGCUACAAGACCCUGAUCUACAACUGCAACGCCCUCUGGUCCCUCUACGCGACCAUGGCCACUGCCGCCGCCCUUCACCUCUCCGGCAUCUUCCGCCUCACCGAGAUUAUCGACAACUACGGUCCCCUCAUGACGGUCGCGAUGAUCUGGGGCUUCGCGGUGUCGUUUGGAAUGUACUUCAUCGCGAUUGCGACUGGCACGCAGAUGCGCAUGUCGGGCAACUUCAUCUACGAUGUGUUCAUGGGCGCGUCGUUGAACCCGCGCAUCGGGCCUAUCGACCUGAAGAUGUGGGCUGAGGUCCGCAUUCCGUGGGUCAUUGUGUUCUUCCUGGCGGUUUCGGGCGCGUGCAAGCAGUACGAGGUCUAUGGCUACGUGACGCCGAACAUGGCCUUCAUGUGCCUCGCUACCUGGUUCUACAUCAACGCUUGCGCUAAGGGUGAGGAGUGCAUCCCGCAGACCUGGGAUAUGUACCACGAGAAGUGGGGCUUCAUGGUCAUCUUCUGGAACCUUGCUGGCGUCCCCUUCUCCUACGUGUACUCCGUCGUCUACAUGGCUUCGCAUGACCCAUCAAAGUACCGCUUCUCGACGCCGACGUAUGUGCUGCUAUACGGCACGCUGAUCACCGCCUACUACAUCUGGGACACCGCGAUGGCGCAGAAGAGCCACUUCAAGAUGCAGCAACAGGGUAUCACCGAGUUCCGCAAGGCCUUCCCGCAAUUGCCUGGCAAUACGGUCAAGAACCCGACGUACAUCCAGACGAAGCAUGGCAACAAGCUGCUCACCUCAGGCUGGUGGGCCUACAGCCGCAAGCCGAACUACGUCGCGGACUGGAUCAUGAGUUUCACCUGGGGCGCGUGCAUCGGCACCGCGUCCAUCAUCCCCUACUUCUACUCCGUCUUCUUCAUCACGGUGCUCAUCCAUCGUUGCGGGCGUGACUUUGAGCGGUGCUCAAUCAAGUACGGCGAGGACUGGCAGCGCUACUGCAAGGUCGUACCGUACAAGUUCAUCCCCUACGUCUAUUAGAUGUAGAUGGGCGAUUGACGCGGUUUGCCUUGUGAAGGGGCAACCUACGAUACUCACGUUCUUGACGCGAGAGAAAAUGCUACUACAGUACAUACUACUCAUCUUGGAGUAUAACUUAAUAAAUGUACCGCGUAUCUUGAAGCUCCA